UCACCGGGUCCCGGCCGGAAAUUCCCCGCCAGCACCCGGCGAUCACCUAGUUACACUGACAGGGGAGAGACCUUAACAUUCUGCUGUGUAUUUCUCUGCACAGCACAGCAGAGAAAUACACAGCAGCAUGUUUCCCUAGUAAAACACACACAGCACAUACUGUAAAACAGCAAACAGUUAACCCUUUGAUCACCCCAGAUGUUAACCCCUUCCUGCACAGUGUCAUUAGUACAUUGUCUGUGCUUUUUAUUAGCACUGAUCACUGUAUUAGUCAUUGGGAUGUCAGUGGUAGUUAGUCAGUUCCCACCGAGUGACAGAAUGCCCGCUGCAGUCCCGCUG